AUGCUUGAAAAUCAAAUUGCUCAGCAGGCAAGUUCUUCAAGCAAGGCUGCCGAGAACAUCCCUAUUAAGGUGGGCAAGUUCUUCAUUCCAGUUGACUUUAUUGUCUUGGAGAUGGAAGAGGAAGUCCAAAUCCCCAUCAUCUUAAGAAGACUUUUCUUAGCAACCGCCGGAGCUAUCAUAGAUGUUAAGAAUGGGCAGUUAACUCUCAAAGUGGGAGAUAAAGAGGUGGAAUUCAACCUUUUCAUCACGAUGAACCACAAACUUAAACCCGAUGAGUGCUUUAAGAUUGAUAUAGUUAACAAGCAAAUUGAAGAGGAAUUUCAUAAAGCACAUCUUGAAGAUCCUCUUGAAGCAUGCAUAGUGCACAACUACACAGCUAAUAAUGAAAACACAUAA